AUGCAAAUGCAAUACAAAGAUGGUCGAACAACGAUCACUUGCCUGAGUGAGUCUCCAUUGUUCGUACAAGCUCCGCUACAUGCUAGACGCCUGAAUGAUGAUGCGGCCACAGUUUAUCGAUUAUCAGGUGUUGCUGAAGGCGAUGAUGUCAAUAGUCGAACAAUCGAUAUUUUCGAUGAACUUCUGUUUGAGAAGCUACUCGAGGAGGCACGACAGCAAGGUUAUCGUCAUGUGUAUGCACUUCAGAGCUUAUGUAUAUGUAGAGUAUCGUUCGUAAAAGGUUUCGGUAAAAGUUAUCGACGAAUGACUAUACUUGAAACUCCUUGCUGGAUUGAGAUUCACUUCAUGAACUAUCUUCAGAAGCUUGAUGAGGUUCUUUCAACGCUGCCAACACCUGCACAUGAUAUACAUAGCUUUUCAUAA